CUGCUUGUCCUGAUGUUCUCCAUCUUGUCUUUAUUUCCUUCCAUCGUUGUGGUUCGUUUUGCCAAAUUUUUCUGUCUUGUAGUAAAACGCUAGGCUAAAAUGGGCCAUUCCCGGUCUAGAAGUAAAUCUCCUCGUAGUAAAUCGCCUUCUCGUAGACACAAGAGCAAGCAUUCAAGAAAAAGAUCGAAAUCUAGGGAAAGAGUAAAAACAUCACAUAGUAAACACUCUAGGAAAUCAAGAGAACGAAGUGCCAAGCCAAGCCACAAACAUGCUCGGUCUGGGUCAUCGUCUAGCAGUACAUCGUCAUCUGAUGAGUUCAAGCUGCAUACCAAGAAGCGAAAGAUGGAUGAGGUUGAGAGGCUGGCAGAAAUGGAAAGACAAAGGACCUCGUUGAUUCGCUUUGACAGGAGACAACGAGAAAUGGAGCAACGAUUAGUUGAAGAAGAAACUGCCAAACGCAUAGAAGAAAUGGUUAAAAAACGUGUGGAAGAAGAAUUAGAAAAACGUAAAGAAGAAAUUGAACAGGAAGUUCUUAGAAGAAUAGAAGAGGCUAAGCGAGAAAUGGAGAAGGAAAUGAUGGAGGAAAUGGAAAGACGCCGCCAAGUUCUAAUGGAAGAGGAAAAGAAAAGACAGGAAGAGGAAGAAAAGAAACGAGAAGCUUUGGAGCAGAUCAUGGCCGAAAAUAACCGAAAAAUUGAAGAGGCACAACGAAAACUGGCAGAGGAGCGUCUUCAAAUGGUUGAAGAACAACGUAAAAUUGAAGAAGAAAGACAACGAUUACGUAAGGAGCAGGAGAGAAGAGUUAAAGAAGAGCAAAAGAAAAUCCUUGGGAAGAAUAAUUCAAGACCUAAAUUGUCCUUUUCUCUUAAACCUGCUGUUUCAUGACAAAAGAGAACCUGUGAAUCUGUAUUUGUAUGUGUCAUUGCCCUGAUUGUGUGACUGUUGUUUAUCAUGAAAAAUAUUUUGAUACGCAAAAGUUACUCAUGCUUGGAAUUGUAAGUGUAAUGGAACUGCCUACCUUGCACGACAAUUGAAGACACAGUGAUAGAUUACCAUUAACUAAGUUUUAUCAUGUUGUAACUUAAUAUUUAUGGCUAUUUUCCAUGGGUUUAAUUUUGUUACUUUAAUUAUUUUUUCUCCAAAAUGUAAGAUUUAGGAGUUUCCAGUAUGUAUUAUUAUGAGGUGUAGCACAUCCAAGCUUCAGCUUCUGCACCUUUCUACUGGUCUGUGCUUCAUCUCAUGAUCUUUAUGUCUGUUUCAUUAUCUUUGCCCAGGCUAUGAGUUCAGGGGUGAGAAAUAUGUUGUGUUACAUUAGAAAAUUACUGAAACAGUAUGUAGUUCUAUGAUGAGCUAUUCUUUCAAACCAUAUGUUCGGUCACAAGUGCUUUGAGCUGACAAGUUCUUGCUCAACGAAGAAUUUUUGUUUUUUUUUCACAACACUUUAGCUGUGGUAGUUUUAUCUCCUUUUUAAAAAAUUUGUUUAUGAUGUGUAUGGUAUACUUGAAUACUGUAAUAUUAUGUACUUUUACUCUGUUGUUGACUUCUAAAUGCUGUGGAAGUACUAACUAUUGUUAUGAUUUUCAUCUAUAGCUAGAUGUUAUUCCAUCAUGAGCCAAAAAAAUAAGGUUUCAAUCUUCUGAUCUACUAAAUGCCAAAGUUUAACUUUGUAACACAGCUUUUCUUAAAUUGGCCUAUAUCUGGUGUAUCGUAAUUUGAUUUUCAGGGAUUAUGUCUAAAGUGUAUCUCUUCUCUCAUAAUAUUGUUUUGUGUAUUAAAGGUUGAUGAACAAAAGGAAAUUGUGUUCUUGACCAAUACUCAACUCAACCACCUUGUCUGCUACCUUUUUCUCUCAUGUCCUUUCUGUGAACUCUUGGUCUUCAAAGGAACAAUCUUACAACCUCGUCAGUUUUAGUAAAGGGAAAGAGAACAGUAAUCAACGUACAGUACAUGUCUGUUGCCUAGUUUCCAUGUAAUCAAAUGAAAUCCUUGCUAUCAAAAUAAAUAAAACAUUUAUAGAUACACCU